UACCUCCCACUCCACAGAAUACAUUAACCGGUCACCAGCCAUCUCCAGAUAUUACAUUGUCGACUGACAGUGACAUAGUGAACCAUGCCGGGUCUUUGAAAGGAUAUCAACAAUUAGUUAACAACAAGUGGCCUUUGGCAGCGGACGUGUCGUCUCGUUUUUCCAAGUAUUUCCGUUCGAAGCUAAUUAAAAAGUGGAAAUAAAAUGGGCAUUAAAAUCUGGGAACGUUUCACCAAAGCCGACAAUAUCUUCCAGUCGCUGAGACCCCUGACGUACAUCUCAAUAAUUGGCUUGGCUCCAUUUCACCUGAAGUCGCAGAAUGAAGUUCGCACCUCGGCCCUGUCUUUUGUGGCCGGCAUUGCCCAUUUCCUUUUCUUCGUUUUGUGCUUUUUUAUGUCGCGUCGGGAAAACGGUUCCAUUAUUGGAUAUUUCUUUCAAACGAAUAUCACGAAGCUCGGAGAUGCAACGCUAUCGCUUACGGGAGUUAUUGCCAUGUUUACGAUUUUCGGUUUUGCUAUUUUCAAACGGGAUCGCUUGAUUGGAAUAAUACAAAAUAAUUUGGUUGUCGAUGAGAUAUUCGUACGGCUCGGUAUGAAGCUGAAUUAUCGGAAAAUAUAUUGGUACUCCUUUGCAAUGUCCUUCGGAAUGCUGCUAUUCAAUUUCAUCUAUUUGUGUGUGAGUUAUAUGUUGCUCCGUUCGGCUGAGAUAACACCGUCGUUUGUGGUCUUCACCACGUUCGCCCUGCCACACAUCAACAUCAGCAUAAUGGUAUUUAAGUUCAUGUGCACCACCCACCUGGCGAAGAGUCGUUUCCACAUGUUGAACGAGAUCCUUCAGGACAUUUUAGAUUCCCACAUAGAAGACAGUCAUGCAGUCGAAUUGUCCCCCCUGCAUUCGGUGGUGCGCAUUAAUCGCAGUGUUCCACGACGACGGCCGACCACCAUAUCCAUGGCCUCCAAUCAGCAACAGCCACAACGUUACAGCGUUGCAUCGAUUAUACGGCAAAAUCCCGAAUUGGCUCUGCGGCAAGUUACCAACAUUCACAACCUGCUCUGCGACAUCUGCAACACCAUUGAGGAAUAUUUCACAUAUCCCCUGCUGGCCAUCAUCGCCAUUUCCUUUUUAUUUAUACUCUUUGAUGACUUCUAUAUACUGGAAGUGAAACUCAAUCCGAAUUGCGUUGAAGGAUUCGAGGCGGAUGAAUUCUUUGCCUUUUUUAUAACGCAAAUGUUUUGGUAUGUCAUCAUUAUUGUUCUGAUUGUGGAGGGUAGCAGCCGGACGAUAAAGGAGAGUGGAAAAUGUGCUGCCAUUGUCCACAAGAUAUUGAAUAUAACCGAUGAUGGAGAUAUCAGGGAUCGUCUUUUGCGUUUGUCGUUGCAGCUACAACAUAGACGGGUUAGAUUUACGGCGGCUGAAUUGUUUAACUUGGAUCGAACACUGAUAUUUACGAUGACUGGAGCGGCCACAUGCUAUUUAAUUAUAUUGGUCCAGUUCCGCACCACGCAUCACACAGAUCCCAAUGCCAAUGCAACAAAUUGUGCAUCCUAAAGCCAGUAAUUGUUGUUAACGUGUGCCAAAACGUUCGUAUUAAAUUUUAACAAAAUCUUGUUGUAAUAAUAAAAAAAUAAUAAUAAUUUGAGCGAAUAAAUAAUGUGCCUUCCAUAGUUCACACGGGUUCAUCAAAUGCAAAUUUGGUUUUAUUUAAAACUUAUGGACCUACACAUGAAAGAGCUCUGCUGAUAUACGGAAAGAUAUACAGGGUGUGAUAAAAAAUCUGCAACAAAGUCAA